ACCCUCGCUGGUAACCGCGACCAUUCAGUUUCACUCGAUCGUCUUUGCAUUAUUCGAAAUAUGUGGUUUACCAGUGUUGGUCAGUUUGAAGAUUGAUAAACUUGGUGUUCGCUCUUUACGUUAAAAAUCUCGAAUUGUCUGAUCGAAGAUUGGGAAGGAGCGAGAACCCGGAGAGAAGAGGAGUAAAGCAUUUCGCUUCGGGCGUUGGUGGUUACGCUCUUCAAGUGUGGAUACACGUUCGACAGGGGGAACGUUAAUUUCAAGGAAAUGGAAAGCACGAGAAUGAUUAAUGGCACGUCCGUUCACCAAGAGAGCAGGAAACUGUGGCAGUACCUCGCCUCUAUUUCCGCGUGUAUGUUGGUAGCCGGAGUGGGCACAGCUCUGGCAUGGACCUCGACCGUGCUUCCUCAGUUGGCUUCAGCUGAUUCAUGGCUACUUAUCACCGAGGAAGAGGGUUCCUGGAUCAGCUCUCUGCUCGCAGUGGGCGCCAUUGCCGGUGCACUAUGUUCAGGAUCGAUGGCGGACAAAAUGGGACGAAAGAAGUCCCUUCUUCUGUUGUCUGUCCCAUUCUUGAUCUCCUGGUGUCUUAUCCUCGUCGCGAAGAUCGUAAGGCUCCUCUACAUUGCUAGAUUUGUGGUUGGUAUUGGCGUUGGAGCAGGCUGCGUCCUCGGGCCCACGUACAUCUCCGAAAUUGGCGAAGUCUCGACCAAAGGGACGCUGGGUGCUCUCUUCCAGCUGUUCCUCACCGUUGGAAUUUUCGUCGCCUUUAUCCUCGGAAGCGUUCUUAAUUACACCAUGUUCGCCCUAGUCUGCGCUCUUGUUAUCGUUCUCUUCUUGAUCACCUUCUAUUGGAUGCCAGAAUCUCCUGUCUGGUUGGUGAGUCAAAACAGAAGGCAGGAUGCCUUGGCGGCGUUGUCGGUCCUCAGAGGUGAGAAUUACGAUCCAAAGCAGGAAGUGAACGAGAUGCAAAAGGCGGCAGAGGCAAGCGCCGGUAGGAAGCCUAGCAUCAUUGAAACGGCGAAAGAUCCGGUUAACAAGAAGGCGAUGGUUGCGUCUUUUGGUAUGAUGUUCUUUCAGCAAGCUUCCGGCGUAAACGCCGUGAUCUUCUACACGGUGAUGAUAUUCAAAGCAUCUGGAAGCUCGAUACCGCCUGAAUUAGCGUCCAUCCUCGUCGCAUUGGUUCAGUUGGUAAUGUCAGGCGUCGCGGCGUUGAUUGUGGAUCGAGCUGGAAGGAAACCGCUGCUUAUGAUUUCAACCAGCGUUAUGUCAGUCAGUUUGAUCGCGCUUGGAUACUACUUCCACCAGAAAAACGGCGGAAAUGACGUCAGCUCGCUAGGCUGGCUACCGCUCGUUUCCUUGAUCGUCUUCAUGGUCGCCUUCUCCGUUGGAUUGGGCCCAAUACCGUGGAUGCUGAUGGGCGAGCUGUUCUCUGCGGAAACGAAGGCAGUUGCCUCCAGCGUCGCCGUCAUGUUAAAUUGGAGUCUGGUCUUCGUGGUGACUAAGAUGUUCCCGACGAUGAACGAAGAAUUAGGUUCCGACAUGACUUUCUGGAGCUUCGCCGUGGUCAUGGCUGCCGCCACGGCGUUCACGUAUAUGAUACUCCCGGAAACGAAAGGGAAAACCUAUCAAGAAAUCCACGACGAACUUCAAGGUGGCGCCGGCGAAGCUCGACCGCUCAAAACUGUCCCCUGAAAGAUCUAUCAAUUACUACAUCGACAUUAGGGAAAAAUGUCUCGUGACUUUUUCUACAUUUAAACCACCUUCUCGUCUUUCUUUAAAUGCCAAUCGAACGACGCCAUCGCAUUGUCAUCGACGCCUUUUAUCGAUCGCGGACGACCGUGGCCUACAUUCGAUUUAUCAUACUUUUAAAUAUGUACGACAUCUCGACAAGUCGAAUUAACGAACAGCCACGCUGAUGUAACAAACACGACGAGGCAGCCGAGACGCGUUUGUACGAAACGGACGUCGACGUUCUCAUUGAAACACGAUCGAUCGAGUACACUUUCAGACAACGGACACGCUGUCUGUCGAUUACGAGGACCGCAAUUUUCGUUCAGUCAAAGCAUCUUUUGGAAGGAGGCCUGGUUCAGGUAACAGGCUGCACGUGAAAGGUGCACACAAACAGAUGCAAGGAACAAUUCUCUCGACGGUAGAACCGAGUUCGGCAGAUUCGUUAACUGAAACUAAACCAGAAACUGUACUGUCGUUUAGUUUCUGUAUUUUCCGUGUCGGCUUUUUGAAUCGUCAACAUUUGACAAAAUCAAUUUUUUCCUUUCUUUCUUUCGUCUCCUGUAAUUUUUAUAACGUCCCAAUGUAUUUAUUAUGUCUAUCAAAGGGUGUCAAAGGUGCUGUAUCAGCGAUUCGUAUUUCCUCCUGUCAAUCAAUUUAUCUUCGUUCGACCGAAUUCGUUUGACAGUUUGGUUCCGACCGGAGCCAGAGAGAGGAACACCGAAUUUCUCGUUUCUGUCGGUUUUCUUUUUUUUUUUUUUUCAGUCAUUUCGUUUCGCAACAUCGAUUCCGUGGUGUUGUCUCCGCCUGAUAUCACUAUCGUAAGUGGCAUGCUCUCGAUGACGUUCACUAUGGAAUGGAAAGAUUCACCGUUGCACCGCGAGGUGUUAGAUUCGCUCUAUCUUUUAUUUUCCAUUUUCUUUGAUUUACUCGAGGAUGUGGCGACUACGAGACGAGUGUCUCGCACUGAUAACCGCGAUAACUAUCUAGAAUCUAAACUGAUUGAUCGACGCGUAAUUCUUCGUACCUUCUCCUUGUCUCUCUCGUCUUCCCCUCUUUCUUCCGUUUCUCGUUGCAUUUUCUCGCACAAUCGUAGACGUGUCGACGAAUCAAAGUCAGACGUGUCAAAGAAUCGUGACGACGUCAUACUGUACACUUGUAUUUUUACAAAAAUUAAAAAAUAUCUUAAACAUAUAUUAUAGUAGUAAGCACGAUUUUUUGAUUAAGUUUCGUGUUAUAUAUUUUCUUCAAACAUUGUAAGUUAUUCGUUAACGCGAGCGUGAGAUUAUAUGUAAUAUAAUAUAAAAUAAGUAAACUUAUGGAGAGGCAAAUA